GACUACACCCCGACGCCCUUCCAGGAGUACGGGGCCACGCCAUGGACCCGCGGCGGAGCGUGGGCUCAGAGCUGGGGCCACGGCGCCUUCGGCCCCGGCAUGCCCCCGGGCUACAUGGUCGGCGCUCAGGAGCCCGACCGGCCCGGCGACGCGCAGCUGCCGGAGCACCCUCGGUUCGCCCACGCCUCGCCCACGCCGGGAGGGCCCACGCCGAAGGUGUGGCCGAGCACGCCCACGCCCACGCCGGGGGCGCAGCCCUCCAUGCCCUACGGCUUCGGCGUCCCCGGAAUGCACAUGCCAGGGCUUCCGCUGCAGAGGCCGCCGAACUUCAACAUGAUCGCCGAGGCCGCGCGGGACGCAGCCAGCGCCGCCGCGAUGGCCGCAGCGGCGGCCGGGAGCCCCGAGGUCGACGGGUCGCCGGGCCGCUCGCCCCUGGAAGAGGGCGGCGGCAGCAGCGGCCCCGGCGGCGCGUUCAACGACGACUACGAGGGCGACUUCGACUCGCCAGCGAUCCCGGGGCUGCCGCCGAUGCCGCCCGGGGCGGUGCUUCCGCUGUUCCCCGGGGCGCUGGGGCAGGCGGGCCUCGGGCCGUCCAGGGGCUCCCAGUUUCACGGCACCGGCAAGUGUAGGCCGUGCGCCUGGUUCUACAAGCCCCAGGGCUGCCAGAGCGCGCAGAGCUGCAGCUACUGCCACCUCUGCCCCGAGGGGGAGCUGAAGUCCCGAAAGAAGCUGAAGGUGGCGGCGAUGCGGAUGGGCGCGCUGACCCCCGCGAAGCCCGGGAAGUCCAGCCACGGGAAGGACACUGGAGCGGGAGGGCACGCCCGGACCCUGAAGCUCAACCCGCUGAUCUGA